AUGUUCCUCCAGGUAUGCACAGUGUCUGACAUUGUGACUGCUGAUGGCAGGUUUAUUCGUCGCUCCGCGUGGAAGGGGCUCAGGGAUGAGUGCUGCCGCUUGCCAUACCAAUGGCCAAGGACAGUUUGCCCAACACGGCAACACUGGGACCUGUGGCAGACCACCUUGUCUAGAGCCCUGCUUGCCUCCAACGGGCCACAUCACCCACUACAACAGCCCUUGGGGCCAUGGACUGACCGUCUGGAGGACUGGAAUUGGUUACUGUCACCCACCACAGGCCUUUUCCACCGCCAAAUUCAGGAUGAAAUCAAAGAAUGUGAAAAUCAAGUCAAUGAUGUUCGCGAAUUUGUGGCGAAUUUGGAUGAUAAUGAAAAUAAAAAUGAUGAAUCUGACGAUAAUUUGGACGAAUCAAGUGACAAUGAUAAUUAUGAAAAUGAUGAGGUGAAUAAACAGGACAUAUUCAGUCCAAGGAAAACAAGGAGUGGUAAAUCUUAUGUUCAAGAUGGAAUAAAAAUGAGACCAACCAACCGAGAUAAUCGCAAUCAAUCAAGGUGUAAUCAACAAUACCUGAAUCAAAAGAAACCAAAGGGCAAUUUGUUAAAGAACAGGAGUGCGUUGAGAAAAAAGGAAAAAGUCAAGAAAUUGAAAGGUUAUUUGAAUGAAAUAAUUUCAAUGAAGGAAAAUUCAAGGAAAAGGAUUCCAAAAAAGAGUCAAAAUACAAUCUACUAUUCCAACAGGUUGGAAAUGACAAGAAAGGCAAAUAUGGGAGAGAUAAGGCAACUCUGA